CGUGAGCGUUUUUGACAAUCGAAAGAAACCAAAAUAUACUUUCCCCCGACGUGAUAAAGUAACCAUUCCAUCGUCAGCUCCGUAGCACGAUCCUCGCGGUGGCGGUUCGUUUAGGAACGGUCGAAAGCCGCAAGGGGGAGGCUCGUUACGUCCGGAACCACGGAGUGAAACUUGGACGUCGGCUACAUACUAAUUGGCGCAGUAUUAAGUUAUAAGUAUGGGUGGAGGCGGAAGAUACUACUGGUUUUUGGAAGAUCGUCGCGCCGACCGGGCGACCGCGAGACAUGAGGUUGACAGCUAUCGUGUUGCUGGUGAGCGCGAGCUUAUGGGCUGCGGCCGCCGAUGUCGCUCACAUCAAAGGAGCGAAGACGAGGCUUCUGGGCCGCCUGGCGGGCAAGCACCACAAGCGCGGCAUCCUGUCUGCCGUACCCCCGUUCAAGCUCGGCCACGACAUCCCUGUCAUCACUCAUUCCGUCGUGAAACCUUUAGUCGUUUCGUACCCACCCACGGCCUCCGUCGCAGCCGUCAAGAUACCCGUGACAGGACCCCACGGUCCUCCUUACCCGGUGCCCGUGGGCCAUAGAGUCCCAGGUCUGCCUCACCCGCACUACGGUCUCAAGUUCCCUCACCAUAAAUAUGCAGUGAAACCGGAUCACUAUUUCCACCACCACCACCACCACAUCGCUGCGAGGCCGGUGGUGCACGCGGUGCCUGCUCCCUUGCCGCCAGCCCCAGUGGCCCACGUCGCGCCCGUGCUACCGGCUCCUCCGCCGACGGUGGCCGUAGUAAACGCACCCGCUCCUCCCCCGCCAGUCCCGGUAUUUCCCGCACAGCCUGUGCCCGUGCCUGCGCCUCCUGUGCCAUUAAUUCAGGACCAUUUGCACCUGAAACCUUUCCUUCCCGCCGCUACAAUACCUCUUCCACAAACGCCCAUCCCCGCUCCGCUGCUGCCUUUGAGUCAUCCUUUCCCUUACAUAAUCCGUCCCGGCGGGGCCGUGCAGACGUCCGUUUUCGCCACGUACCCUCGAUAUCCAUUUCUGAACAGCUACCAAGCUCCACUGAUACCCUUAGCACCCGCGCCCGCCGUUCCAUCUUUUCAUCAAGUACCGCUAGAACUCCCACACGUCCAUCCAUACCACGUGCUGCCACAGGCCGGCGGCCACGCAGUCGUCGACCACCACGCUCCUCCCGUCGCAGUAGAGCAGGCGGCGCACUUUCAUUCGACAGCAUUAGCCCCGCAGCCCCACUUAGAUUUGCACCCGACCCCGGAGGCCGUCCCUCAAGCCGGUUUCCACCUUCACUCGACUCAAGUCCCGCAGGCCGUCCCCUUGCAACCGACGCAGCCCGUCCCCGUGGAGCACGACGGCUGGUCGCCGGUGGCGCCCACGCCGCAUGACGCGGGCGAGGCGCACUACCCGCAGCAGCAUUUCAGCCAAGAGCAGGGCACGCAGAUCUACGAGCAGCACACACAGAGCCAGCACCACGACUACCAGCAGCAGCUGCAUCUGAUCCAGCAGCAACUGGAACAGGCGCAGUACGAACAGAGUGUGCAGCAGCAACACCAGCAGCAGCCGGCGCCGGAGUACGGCGUGCCGCACCAGCCCGCGUCGGAGUACGCUCAGACAAACGACUACUCGCAGCAGGGGCAAGAUUUCGGCCAGCAUCAGCAGGAUUUUUCUCUCGCUCAGAACUACGCCCAGCACGCUCAAGACUUGGUUCAUCACGCUCAGGAUUUCGCUCAGCAUGGCGCGGAUUUCUCAACGCACGGCCAGGACUUCGCUCAGCACGGCCAAGACUAUGCGCAGAACGGACAGGACUUCAACCAGAACAACUACAACGUAGCCUUGGGCCAGGAGUACGGCGCGCCGCACCAGGGGGUCGAAGGCCGAAGUUCAGACGAGGGUGACCAGCAGUACCACAACCACAUCCCGCUCGGUUUGCAACCCCCCAUCGACCGGCCGCUCGAUCACUUUCAUUAGUUACACAUAUGUAUAGUUCGUACGAAUAACUUGACCGGGCCGACUACGUCACUAUACUUUCAAGUUCCGUGCACAGGGGCUUUACCACAAUCUCGUAUAUCCGUAACGAUUCCAUAAUGUUCGACAUCUUGUACCCUGAGGGCCAUUAAGCUUAUUGCAAGAUUGUUUCGUGUAGCGAUUUUGGACGUCCUCCACCAUUUCAUUCAAUAAUUGAGGUAUCACUAACGCUUGGACAGAUAUCAUGAUGGUUUAGUAAAAGUUUGUGGUGCGCCCUCUGCCGGGCAGGAGGGCGCCGGGCCCACUCGUAGACAUAGCGAUACUUUGGUUGCAUUUACUCGAUAUCGCUACCUCGAUAAAUAUUUUAUGUGAUAGUUUUUUUAAAUAAAAUGUUAGUAUAUUAUGUACCAUGUGUCAAUGACAUAUAUCGUGAAAAAUACAUAUUAUCGACCAAUAUGACGCGCUAUUGGUCGACAUUUGUCUUUUUUUCUUCACGAGAUAAGUAUGUCGUGCAUCCACUGGGAUGUUACCGCUCGUAUGUAUUUGGCUAAUGACUUAAUCACCAUAGAACAUUAGUAUUUGCAAAGUGCACCGCACACGAAGAAUAAAGUUUAAGAAAAUUGUAAAUAUUAUGUUUUCUGUUAGCGGUAGACGUAUGCAUGAUGGUAGUCUACUUCAAUUGUACAAAUUGCCUAAUUUUUUUUAUAUUUUACUAGUAUUAUUAACAUAGCACUAAGUUUAUUUAUUGUAAAAACACGUUUUUAAUAAAAAAUAUUAAAACUUU